GAGUUCAGGAAAUUGUAAACAGAUGUGUAAGGGUUAUUUCUGGAAUUUUGGUUCUGCACAACAAACUUUAUCUUCUUUCGCGGGAAGAAACGGUUGGACCAGGAAAAUACUGAUUUAUCCAGCAAUGGCGACUGCUAAUGUUAUUCCCUCUUCCACUCUCUUCGCCCACCACACACAUCUCGCUUCGCCGUCUAAAACUCCGGCGAGAUUCGCGAAUUCUCUUUUUGUAGAAAUCAGAAGGCGCGAUCUAGUUCUUUGCUCGGCGAAGAAGAAAAUCAACUUCGUCGAUCAAAUUCUUGAUUAUAUUGAAGGGGGUCCCAAGCUUAGGAAAUGGUAUGGGGCGCCGGAUCUUCUUCCAAAAGAUGGAUCUGCUGUGGAAGAUGAGGAUGGAUAUCAAGAGGAUGAAGUAAGGGAUGCAGUUUUAGUAACAGAUGGAGACAGUGACAUUGGACAGAUGGUAAUAUUGUCAUUAAUUGUCAAACGAACUCGAGUUAAAGCCUUGGUGAAGGAUAAGCGGACUGCUAUGGAAGCCUUUGGAACAUAUGUUGAGUCAAUGGCUGGAAAUGCAAGUGACAAGCUAUUUGUGAAAAGAGCUCUUAGAGGCGUUCGUGCAAUCAUAUGCCCUAAUGAGGGCUUCCUAUCUACUGUUGAAAGCUUGAAAGGAAUCAAACAUGUAAUUCUCUUAUCUCAGUUGUCUGUCUACAGAGGUAGUGGUGGCAUUCAAGCUCUCAUGAAGGGUAAUGCAAGAAAAUUGGCUGAGAAGGAUGAAGCAGUAUUGAUGGACACAGGGAUUCCAUGCACCAUUAUUAGGGCUGGCAUGUUACAAAAUACUCCUGGUGGAAGACAAGGUUUCAGCUUUGAAGAGGGUAGUGCAGCAAGUGGAAGUCUUAGCAAGGAGGAUGCUGCCUCUAUUUGCGUUGAAGCACUUGAUGUAGUCCCACAGUCCAGAUUUAUAUUUGAGGUGGUGAAUGGAGGAGAGAAGAUUUCAGAUUGGAAAGAGCGUUUGACUGGAUUGAUGGAAAAAGCAGAAGGGAAACGACAAUGAUCAACAAAUAUUGUCAAACAAUAUAAUGAUUCAUGGGUAAUGAGUACAUCAUUUUGUCUCUUCUGAUUUUCUUACUCCAAAUCAUUUUUCUUUUUGAAUCUAUGUAAAAGGGGUUUGAGGGUCCACUAAUGAAAAAAUGCUCAUUCAAUCAAACUUGCUUGUUUGUGUGUGACAUCAUGAAAUUGCAAUCACCAAUUCAAGAUUAUUAGAGAAAGAAAAAAUAUUAGGAAAAGAAACAAGUAACCUUAGUAAUGAUGUAAAAGUUCAACCAGUUCCACUACUAAAAGAAGACUCACUGGGCCCUUCUUCCUUUUUCUUAUCAUCUUUACCUUUCUUGAAGCACUGAUGCUUUUGCUUGAACUGCCUCGGAUAGCAUCUUCUCCAUCAUAAACUACGUUGUUUUCUUCCGAGCCAAGUGGUUAGCACUAGUUCAGACAAAACACCAGUCAAAAGCUUAAUCAAUCAUCGACACAAAU